UUAAAGUAUCUAAGUAUUUAACAAAUUUGUUCAUAAAGCUAUCCAUAAUAUUUAUCGAGAUAUACGUAUUGAAAAAAAUGGCUUUUGUAAUUAUUAGAAAAAUGCUGGACUGAAUAUAUCUUGCUAAAUGGAUCAACCUAACAAAUAUAAUAACCAACUGGAAACUUCAACUUUUUUUCGAAUAACCGUUUCUGUCGCAUCAAUGCAGCUGCGUAAAAAAUUAUGUAAUAAUUUGUAAAUUACGUUCUGUUCAAGGCCGUGUAAACUUUUUUUCACGCUAAUCUUUCGGGGAUAGACGUUUUUCGUAUAAUUCUUUUUCCUGUAAAUAAUAUUAAAUAAUUGAUAAUUUGAUUACUGAUAUGAAUGAAAGAUUGUUUCCUAUAGAGAGCGUAAUCGAAAAACGAUGAUAUGAAUCAGCUCGAAUAAUCUAGAAGACGAUUAUAUCGAUAAAGACCUUCUAUAAGAAUGAACAACAGUAACAUUGAAUCGUCAGUCUUUUGGUUUCUAUCAACGUGCAUCCAGAAUAGAAGAAAGAUGUUUUCUAAACGUGGGACUCUCAGCUUUGUGCUAUUGGCAAGUGUUGCUCUGGCUCUAAUCGCCUCAACGGAAGCCGCAAACUUGAUUAUCGGCACUGUGGGUCCACGCGAUCAUCUGGCUCAACGCGAAUUUUUGAAGAAGCCAUCCAAGUGGAUGCAAGUUAUUACUGCCGACAAAACUUUCACUACUACGUCAGGUGAGACGAUUUCACAAGUGCGAUUGUUGGAUCAGAAUAAGAAAGGAAAUGGCGCCACUGCUUCUGUUACUGCUGGGGGACCUGGUUUCAAAUACGUUAGCGUUCACUUCAAAAGUAAACGUGGACACAGUAUCGACUUCGCCGCUGAGCUCUAUGGACAGUAAAUUAAGCUAUUGAGCGUCGACAGUAUGCCAAAACAGCUAAUAGUCUAGAUUGUUAAGGAGAACUUACACUGAAAGAUUUCAAUAAAAGUUUGUUUCGAUCAAAAUUAAUUUUUAUGGUUUCAUUCGAUACGGUCUUAUUAGCUCAGGCUUAAUUCAUGAAAAUAUUAAGUCAUUUUCAAAUUUUUGUUAGUUGGCUUCAAAUAAAACUAAUCAGCGAUGAAGUGUUUAUUGAUUAUAACUUUUCUGGAGAUAUACUACUUACUUUUUAUCAAAAAGAUAACAUACUUAAUUUGUGUAAUAUUCCGAGAUAAAUGUAAAAUAGUCAAUGAGUACUCGUUGAUAUUAGUCGUUCUUAAGUAAAUCGAAAAACGUUUUCUCGUGACUCGCAUUCAACUCGUACAGUUAAUUCGAAUUCCCAACUUAGUAAUAUAUGCCAGAAGAAAAAGCACGUACACGCGUCUAUGUGCCUUUACGCGAGCGUAUUGGGUCGUAUAAUAGAGGGAUGGCGAGAAAGCGAUAAUUAGAUGCCUGUGGCGCGCGCGGCCGCAAAUGUCAGGCUGUCGGAAGAGCUGUCAACCAAGCUAACGCGGAAGCUCAGUAUGCUGCUAGCUGCUGCUGCGUCACGGAAAUCGGGAGAGAGAAAGAGCCGCGACGCCUUUUCAAUUGCCACUGCAAGAGUUUUUGAUGCAAAAAAGCUUGCGCUUCUAUAAUGAAUUGUUGUAGAUGAUGUUUGUAUAAGCCUUUCAAUAAAUGCUAUGCGCAUUGGCUUCAUCGAGUACACUUGGUUAAUAGUAUGGAGAAGAGAUGAUUUCUUUUUUAUUAUUCCGUGGAAAGCUAUGAAUUUCAUUAUAAAAGGAAUACUACACAGUAGAACACUUCAUUAAAAUUAAGCAAUAAAAGAUUCUCG